AUGCCCAUCGAUACGCAAGCGGUCUUUACUGCAGAGGCUCUUCUCAGUAUUGCUUGGGGGUCCUCGGGGGGUUUCUAUAUCCCUUCGGAUGUCUUCAUUGACUCAGAACCGUGUAACGACGACAUUUUUCGAUCCACCUUUCAUGGGCAACACCCUGAGAAUGAUCAAAAGCCCGGGCGUCAGUUGUCCCAAGAGGAACUGUCGGUGCUGCUGAAGGAACUGGUAGGGCAAAUGCUAUGGAUCAAGGUCAAGGGCAAUUUGGAUGAAAGAAAUGAUCGUUCGCAAAUCUUGAAGUUGGGUUUGUGUACUUCGGAGUCUAAUCUUCCGAGGUUUUCGUUCACCUCGGUAGGCAUCGCAUUCGGCCGGAAGCAUUUGUGGAUCCCAACCAUACGUCUGGAACAGAGGGCAGGAUUCGUCAUUAGUCCAGAAGGCUUCCCAUUGAAUGCAGGUCUCAUGGAAAUGCCUUUCCAGUGCCGUGCUAUUUGUGGGCAUUUCCACCAAGGGCAACAAAGGCAGUGCAAGAGCCUUGAGUACCGAACACGCAAUCCAGGACAGCAAAUAUCGCAGAUAACAUUUGAAAGGUCCGCUAGCAAUUGGCGACAGACAUGCCGUGAAGGGGCAGCGGGCUACGUCUGGAUUAUACCGCUUUUCCGUUAUGAUACCUGUGCCUGA